AUGGCUUCCUUUUCCGGCAAAACCGCGCUUAUUGUCGGCGGCAGCCAUGGAAUCGGCUUUUCAACCGCGCAACUCCUUAUCAAGCAUGGCACCAAAGUCCUUAUCACUGGCCGCAGCACUGCACCUAUUAAAGCUGCCCAUGAGAAUCUAGGAGACAAAGCAAAGGUUGUCCCUUGUGAUAUUAGGUCUAUUGCGGCCAUCUCGGAUCUCGUGCAAACGGCCAAAUCAUAUUUUGGGGCUGGAAAGUCUAUCGAUCUACUUUUUAUCAACGCUGGAUAUGCCGCUCUGGAGGCCUUCACUCAAGUCUCAGAAGAAUCCUAUCGGCGACACUUUGACACCAACGUCUUCGGCACAUUCUUUGUCGCCCAAAAGCUGGCCCCUAUGGUAAAGAAUGGUGGCUCAAUUGUUUUCACCACCUCCGUUUCGAACCAGGUCGGCUUUCCUGGUAUGGCGAUAUACUCUGCUACUAAGGCUGCCGUUCAGUCAUUUGUUCAGACGAUCGCUGCAGAAUUAGCUAGUCAGCAGAUUCGUGUGAACGCAGUUGCACCGGGAUUCGUGAAAACCCCGACAAUGGGGGUCGCGGAUUCUUCCCCUGCAGAAUUGAAAGAGUUCGAGGGCAAGGGGGCGCAGACUACGCCGCUUGGAAGAAUUGGAGAACCGGAAGAGAUCGCAAAGGCUGUAGUUUUCCUUGCCUUUGAAGCGUCUUUCAUGACUGGUUCACAGUUGGUGCUAGAUGGGGGUUUGGGAUCGUUGAAGCUGCAUUAA